AUGGCACAGAACUUUGCGGAUAAGAGGAAGAUGGUGGAGCGGGUGCUCACCAACCCGGAUGCCAUCAAGCGAUUCAGGCAGGCAGAUGAAGGUGAAGAACAGGUAAUGAAAGCAAAGGAGACGCUACGCGAGGCCCAAUUUGAAGCGGAACUCGAGGAGGCCGAAGCACAGAGGCUCGAGGAAGAGCUCAAGCGGUUGGCCGCUGAGGUGGGCGAGGAGAGCGAGGAGGAAGAUGAAGAUGAAGGAGAAGAGGGAGCCGGAAGCGAGGACGCUGAGGAGGAGGUGGCCGGCAAUCACAACACCAACAACACCUCGGUCGACCUGGACGACAUGGACCGUGAUGAUGAUGAAGAGGAGGAGGAAGAAGAUGAAGAAGACGACGACGAGGAGCGGCGCAGGGAGGAGGAAGAGGAGCGGCUCGAGCAGGAGCGCCAGCGACGAGAGGAGGAAGAGGAGGAGCGGCUCGAGCAGGAGCGAGUUCGGAAGGAGAAGGAGGCCGACGAGGCCCAGGAGGCGGCUGCGGCUUGCCAGGCCGCCCAGGCCGAGGCCCAGAAGAAGCUGCUGCAGCAGAAGGAGCUCGCCGACGCGCAGGACAAGCAGCGACAGCUGGCAAAGGAAAAGGAAGAAAAGGAAGAAAAGGAAAAGCUGGCCGCGGCGGCCAAGGUCGUCCAGCAGCAGCAGCAGGUGGUGGAGGAGGAGGGAGAGGGGACCAGGCGGCGCGGACGCGAGACCAGCGCGUCGCCUUCUGCGACAGCGACGACCGCGACGACUGCGACAGUGGUGGCGGCGACCGGCGGUAUUGCGAUGAAGCAGGCGGCGGUGCUGUUGCUGGUGCUGCUCGCGGCCGGGUGGACAGUCGGUGGCUGGCCCGUGGCCAUCCUUCUGCCCUUCAUCGCCACCCUCGGCGCCUCCUUCUUCGGCCUCAAGCUCAGCAACUGA